CAGCUCCUGUCAGAGGGCUCCUGGUACGUUCUCCCUCUCUUCACCCGGGCAUUGCGCCAUCUCUCCUGCUUCGCUGGUCUGCCCAUCCAUCCAUCCAGCCGUCCAGCCGUCCAACCGCCCAUCCCAUCGCCGUCCAGGAAUACCGUUUCUCGCGCUGAAAUGCUUGCGCGCGGCCCUCUCCUACCCAGCAGGCUGGCCCACACACCUUUCCCAGGAGCCCAGGGCACGAGAUUGCAAAAAUGGCUGACCCAGGACCGCGCUUGGUAGCCGCCUCAUACCCGUCCCCUCCGAACCACUACCGCCAUCGCCACUACUCCCCGUCCAACUCGCACUCCUCCCACGACUCGGCCAGCACCCGCCGUAAGCCCUCCAACGCCUCGCUCUCCGAUCCGACCUACCACAACAUGGCGACUACCUCCAUGUCGCCGCCGAGCAUCAAGAGCGAGUUUGGCGGGGUCGGCACUGGCAUCGCAUACGGUGCACCGCCACAUCCCACGCCCCAGCAGCCCGCUGACAAGAACGGCGCUCUCGGCUUCGGCUUCCUCAAAUCUCUUACUUCCUCAGAAAAGAAGUUGACCCGCGACGGCCAGCCCGCAAAACGCCGCGGCCCAAAACCCGACAGCAAGCCCGCCCUGACGAGGAGACAGGAGCUGAACAGGCAGGCACAGAGAACUCAUCGAGAGCGCAAAGAACUAUACAUAAAGGCCCUUGAGGAUGAGGUCCUUCGUCUCAAAGAGGUCUACUCCAACGUUAGCCAAGACAAGGACCGUCUGGCCGAGGAGAACCGUUCGCUCAAGGCCUUGAUGCAACAAAAUGGGUUGGCGCUGUCUGGCUCUUUGACCAUGAUGGACGACACCCUCAGCAGCCCAUCCGUGGGCCCGUACAUCGGCAGCAAUAGCUCGGCAUCCAUGUCCGGGUCCGGCAGCUAUGGCCUCGCCUCGGCGUCCACUCAGAACUCGGCGUACACGCCGCCGCCAGGCUCCGCAUUGAGCACGACGACCGCGAUGCAAGGCAUGUCACCGCUGGGCGGCCUCAGUCCGAACCAGCAGGCUGCGGGCCUUCAUCGACAGUCGCCAUCCGCUCACUUGAACGGACCCCGGCGCAAUCCGGGCAUAGACUAUGAUCAGGCUGGCGUUGACUUCGUUUUAUCUCUUGAGAGGCCCUGCAUGGAUCACAUGCCCUGGCUCUUGGAUCGCUCGAGCGCCAAUGGUGGCACCGAGCCCUGCGGUCACGCGCUGAUGGCGUCAUGCCCGCCAGAGCCAUUUGCAGACCUGACACCGGACAUCCCGUUUGGUCACAAGCAAAGCGACAAGAGCCCCAGCCCAAACGGCCACGCGCGUCAGCCAAGCUACCAAAAAGGCUCUAGUAUCAGUCGGAAUUUCAGCCGGAACCACGCCGCCCCCAGUCCGCCAGCUGCGGACAGGACAGGUGCAGCUGCAGCCACGGCCGCAGACCCCAACUCUUCGGCGCCCAUGGAUGUAGACGGUCCCACCGGGGGGCCGCUGCGGACGUGGCAGCUGAGCAAGUCGGACCUGGCGACGCUGUUGGACCUCAGCCAGAAGCUGAACCUUGACGGCGAGAUAACGCCUGUAAUGGCAUGGGGCAUGGUGCUUGCCCACCCGCGUCUCGGGGAGUUGAACGAGAGGGACUUCGUGAAGCUGACGGACGAGCUCGGUAGCAAGGUCCGAUGUUACGGAUUCGGAGCCGUCAUGGAAGAGUUUGAGGUCCGUGACGCGCUGGAGGCCAUCUACUCGACAAAGCCGGAGCAACCUUUGGGCCUGCUUGGUGCAUCACACGGAUUAUAGCUCUUGAAUGCGAAGCUGGACUAUCUGCGGACUGGUGAGAGUGAUGUAUGUUGAUUUAUUGCAAUGAUCUGGACGAGUGAAUGAUAUCCUAUUUGAGUCACCGGUCUUUUCUAAGCUUGUGCUCCGCUGUUAAUAUGAUCACAGUGACGGUGAAGAUCGCCGAUGGGUGUUCAUAGCAUUCACUGCGUGCAGACGAGCUGGGCGGUUGUACUAAUGGAUGUCUGAGCAAAUUGUGUGGAACACGAUAUGCAAAGGACAGGAGUACUUCUCAUCCCGCGAAUGUUUCGAUGCCUGGGGGCUUCAACAUUGGCCCAGUCACUUCGCCAGAUAGCAACAAAAAGUCGAGAUAUCUACAACUUGUUGGACGGGGUUUGUUGGGUGGACAAUUGCACACCCUGGAAUGCCAGGUCGAAGUAACGAGUGCGGCUCACCGCCCUUGAUCUGCAUUGACUCAAGCCCCCGCGAAGUCCAGCGCCAUGAGUGUCUGCCAUUCACAGUUGGAUUGAAUAUGGGUACUGUGCAUGAAUGAUAAUGGGAAACGGCCAGGACAGGAAGCCAGGAGGUGGCAUCAGGUAGGUGAGUGGGGCUAUGGGCUUGAUCUCGAGUGGUCUCGUUUCUAACCCCCACACAUAUAUAUAGUUUCACUUCUAUUCCAUAUACAUUCAAGAAUAUAUAUAGCACCUUUAAUACAAUAUAGUACUAUACUUA